AUGCCAGCAGGAACCUUUGUAUCAAUCUCUUCUUCAACUGGUACAAUCAGUCUUCCAAAAACUGCUCUGGUGGCCGACCUCGGAGUCAGCGUCAGUCUGUCUCCCGGUUUUGACGACACUAUCACUCUCACUGUCUUCCGUGGGCCCAAUGAUCUCAUUGACACGUAUGCCUGGCUGUCUUUGCAAGCUGGUAUUCUCACAACCCAGGACGUUAAUCCUGGCGCCAUACCAAUCAGUAAAUUCUUUUUGCUUGGCGCUCUGAACGUUGUCUUCAAUGAUGAGGCUACUACCAACUUUAAACACGCAUGUCCUGCGGCUAACCAAAACAGGGAGCUUACCAAUUUGAUAAAUGCACAAAACAAAGCCGAAACUGUUCAGGCAGAUACCACCAUUAUUCAGAACACCAAUGUGACGGGUUCUGCUACUGGAUGGUGGUUCCGUGAUGCUAUGGGCGAUGGAAACGUUUUCCCCCGGACGUUCAACUUCAGUCAUUCACCUGACAUUCAACCUGUUGGAACAGCGCCUAGAUCUGACGCUCAACAGAUACUAGGCGGAGCAAAUGCAAACGUCGAUUGGAGCGAUGCGAAUAAUGUUAGUAUUCAACAAGGCGCACCAAACUACAUUUACCUCCGAGGAAAUUGCACUUCGGGCAAUAACUAUUCCGUUCAAACGAGACUUUUCUGCGUUCCCUCGGCUUUGGUUCUUUACCCGCCUACGUAUUCGCAGUUCUCUGUCACCGAUUUUGACAGCGACAAUAACCCUGUUGUCGCUGUGCGAAACAUCACUUCAACCUCGACCAACAGUUUCAACGUCGUGGACACAGCUUUCGAUCUGCUAAACCCCCAACCCCCACCACCAGGAAGUGACCAUUUCUGUCUCAUUGCAGAGGCCCGCCAUCCGACUCCCGAGAAUCCGGACCCUCAGUGGCCACACGAAGUCACUGGGUCAUAUUCUUCAGCUUCCGGAUUCAGCACAUGGAUAGGCAGUACCCCCACCGUUACCUGGAGAAACGUGUCCUACCAACCAGGCGGCGCCCAAAUUAUUUGCACUUCUAUUGUUACCAUUCCACCGGGCUUGUACUCGACCUCCACUGAAUGGAUUCUGGAGGCAGAAGCUCAGAAUGCUCCUGUUGGUUCUGCCUGUGACGAAGCGUUAAAACUAUUUUAUGGCGCAGGGAGGUUGACUGGAAAUGGUCCCACAAUCCCGGGUGUAGAUAUUGGAUUCCAAGAAACAACAAUUACGGCCCCCAACAUGCCUGUUGAAGAUGGCAUGACCUUCAAACUUAGUAUAUUUACGAUGCAAACACCGAAUCUUUUCCCAACUGGGCCCAACUUUGCAAUCACUUCCCGUCAACCAUGCACCCUUCCACCAGAGGCAGAUGAUUGGAAAUAUAUGGUUGGUUCUUACCAUCCAGGAGUCGAGAACAAAGGCGACGGCAAGAAGACGCACGUAGGAUACCUGGGUCAUCGCUUUAAGUAUCCUGGAGAAAACCCUUCGCCUCAUGCUCGCAAGAAACACAACGCAACCGAUUUGAGCACGGAUGACAUCGAACCUGUUACUGUCUAUUCCAUUGGUUCGGAUUGCUGGAACAUUACUUAG